GUCUUCCAAGUUGCGAACUCUCUUCUCCUCCGGCUGGACACAACCAGUGUCGCCGACGUCUCCAAGUUUUCUCGCCAAGCAUUAAGGUUUUGGCAUGGGGAUUGAGCUGUGCUGGUGGUUGACAGCAACAAGAUUGGCAACAUGAAAUCAGCUGUGGACUUUACUAGCAUGUGAUUGCGUUUUUAGAGUUUUAGAUGAUUCCAAUUAGUCUUACAGUGAAUUCAAGAUUUAUUUGUGCUAUAGGAUACCCAAAAAAGACACAAUGCACAUGUGGCUAAGAUACAAAUUAAACUUGAAUAUCUGUUGCUAUGAUCAAUAUUAUUUCUGUUUCACCUACAGUAACCAUUUGUUUCCUACUGAAACUUAAAAGGGCUUGAGAAACUUUGCUAUGGCACGUGGUUAAUUGUGUCUGUGCUAAUUAAGUUAUCAUCUGGAUGCGUAUUUUCCUUUUUUAUUCAUCUGGAUGCGUAUUUUCCUUUUUUUGUUCCAUUUGAUCUGAUGGUUUGUUUACAAUUUUUAGGGUCUAAUACCAUUUACAAUGUAUGCUCUUAAACUCUGCAUAGAAAACUUUGCCGCGCAGUGCACUUGACAAGAGUUAUGCAUCCAAUUCUAUUGCUCU